GUCAGAGCAGGGCGACUGUCAAGCGACCUCUGUAUACUCGUCGCUCUCUCUUGCUGUCCCGGGAUGUCUCUCCUCUGGGGCGUCCUCUCUCCAGUCCUCAGCUGGACGGGCCUCUGUCGGGUCCUGUUUGUGCUCGGUACAGGACUGGGAGCUGUGGUUGCAGCUUGGACGGUGAGGCUGCUGGUGCGACACGCCUGGUACACACACAGGCUGUCCUGCUUCAGCAAGCCACAUGCAAACUCCUGGCUUUUAGGCCACCUGGGCCAGAUGCAGAGCACAGAAGAAGGCCUCCUGCAGGCGGAUGACUUGGUGCGGACGUACAAACACUCCUGCAGCUGGUUCAUCGGCCCUUUCUAUCACUUUGUCAGACUCUUCCACCCUGACUACGUCAAGCCUCUGCUCAUGGCCCCGGCCAGCGUAACAAUGAAAGAUGAGCUUAUCUACGGCCAUCUGCGUCCAUGGCUUGGACAGAGCCUUUUACUAAGCAACGGGGAGGAUUGGUCUCGCAAGAGACGGCUGCUGACUCCCGCUUUUCAUUUUGACAUCCUGAAGAACUACGUCGCCAAGUUCAACACCUCCACUAACACCAUGCACGAUAAGUGGCGCCGCUUGGUCGCAAAGGGCCCGAAUACCAUAGAGAUGUUUGACCACGUCACUCUGAUGACGCUGGACAGUUUACUGAAAUGUGCCUUCAGCUACAACAGCAACUGUCAGAGGUCUACCAGUGAGUACGUGUCAGCCGUAGUGGAGCUGAGUGACCUGGUAAUAGAUCGUCGGCAAAAGAUUUUGCACCACUGGGACUGGUUCUACUGGAAAACACAGCAGGGAAAACGGUUCAGAAAGGCCCUCGGCGUUGUGCACAAGUUCACCAGGGAGGUGGUUCAGAAGCGUCGAGCCCUGAUCGGCCAGCAGACGAAGACAGAAACAGGCUUCACCACAGCGCCGCAGAGAAAGAAAGAUUUCGUGGACAUCAUACUGCUGUCGAAGGAUGUAGAUGGACGAGGCCUAACAGAUCAGGAGAUACAGGCAGAGGCCAACACCUUCAUGUUUGCAGGUCACGACACAACAGCCAGUGCGAUCUGCUGGACGCUGUAUAAUUUAGCACGCCACGACUACUAUCAGGAGAAAUGCAGGCAGGAAGUGAUGGAUCUGAUGCAAGGGCGAGACCGACAUGAAAUAGAGUGGGAGGAUCUGUCCAACCUUCCCUUCACCACCAUGUGCAUCAGAGAGUCUCUCCGGCUGCACGCUCCUGUGCAGGCUGUGACAAGGACGUACACCCAGGACAUGGCACUGCCAGGGCAUCGGACAGUGCCAAAGGGUGCCAUCUGUUUGGUCAGUAUUUAUGGGACACACCACAACCCUGCUGUUUGGACAAACCCUGACGAGUUUAAUCCGCUGCGUUUUGGCCCUGCAUACACAGCGGAACAGGCUUCUCAUGCCUUCAUCCCCUUCUCUUCGGGCCCCAGGAAUUGCAUUGGGCAGAAAUUCGCCCUGGCAGAGCUUCGGGUCGUCGUGGCGUUGACCCUGCUCAGGUUUGGCCUGACCCCGGGGGCGAACCCUGAACUCGGGACCAGGUCCGGGGGAGUUCGCCGUCUCCCCCAACUCGUCCUGCGUGCGGAGGGAGGUUUGUGGCUGCAGCUGGAGCCUCUGAUCCCGCACAACCCGGAGGAGUCGCAGGAUGAAUGACGCCCAACAAAAUCACACACGCUCCGGCCUUUAUGUUUAUCGUAUUGUUUCUAAAUCUAUUUGUGACAUUUGUUAGGCUCCAUGACCCUUUUAUUAUCACUUUAAAAUGAAUUUAAUAUCAUUUGUAAUAGCAAUUUACUGCUGCUACAUGUAUUAUUGUUCUAAUGACAUGAUUGUUGACUGUAUUAAGUUGGUUUUUAUUAUCUGUGUUAAGACACAGAUAAUAAACAAAAAAGAUGUUUGGAGUCUGCAGCAGAGUAAAAAUGAUCUUUGCUUAAAAAAUAUUAAUAAUUGCAUGUGAUUUGCAUACUAACAAGAAUGUUCCUGUGGAUAAAUGAUACAUGAUGCAUUUAUUGCAGCCCUGUUGUUCAUCAGAUUGCGUAAGGAUGAUGUCAUUAAAGAAUAAAAUGGA